AUGGGUUUGCCGUUUGUUUUCUUUCUUUUUCUUCCCUCCACUCUCUCUCUUGUCUUGAUCUUCGGUGCACUCAUAUUGAUGGCUCCGAAGCCAACAGUAGUGCUGAGAGCUGAACGACCUCAGAAAGUACGGAAGAGUUACUCUGCAGUUUCGACUACUUGGCAGUGGAAAAAUAUCAGGUCGAUAUCUGUGAAUUUCCAGCAUGAUUUGCAACAAGAGACGCACCCCACAGAGCUUGGCCAGCGAGAGACUUGUUUCCAGUGCCGCACCGUCGCCGUUAAACACCAACAAGCCACGGCGUGCGUUCUUCAUUGUUCCUCUCGGCUUGGUGGUACCCGGAAAUCGCCGUCCAGUGACGCCAAAGCCAUGGCACGGUCGACUAGUUUGGCCUCACAACCGAGCCCACUGCGACUUGAAGUCAACGGCCUUCUCGUAUACCCUGCACCACUAGUUAUCCCAUCCAGUGCUCUAUCGGGUCUCAGCCGAAAGCCUAUGGAAAGUAACAACGCUCACCCGCAGCUCGCGCCCCCAGCGAUGGCUCAUUCUAGAGGCCAAUCUCAGAACCAUCAAGAACUUAGUAUAACCUAA